AUGAACGGAUGUAGCUCCCACGGCCUCGGCAGGCGGAUACCACAACAUAAGACAAACCCGCACCACAUCGUAUAUAGUGCCAAAGGAAAUAGAAGGUCGUUCAUCUCAUCCGCUCCUGUAUGCGCUGUGGAACAGGUUUCACAAGGGUUCAGCGACGGAACGCGCCAUUUCAACAUCAUAGAUCAUAGAUAUGAUGCAAUUGUCAUUGGUGCGGGGGGAGCUGGGCUCAUGGCUGCCGUGGGAUUGGCAGAAAGCGGGUUGGAAACAGCAUGCAUAACGAAACUGUUUCCAACCAGGUCCCACACAGUCGCCGCUCAGGGCGGAAUUAACGCUGCCUUGGGAAAUAUGACGGAAGAUGACUGGCGAUGGCAUAUGUAUGACACGGUCAAGGGCUCGGAUUGGCUGGGCGACCAAGACGCAAUUCACUAUAUGUGUAGAGAGGCUCCCAGGACCAUUCUUGAGCUGGAGGCAUACGGGAUGCCCUUUUCGAGAACAGCAGAGGGUAAAAUAUAUCAGCGGCCCAUCGGAGGCCAGUCCCUAAAGUAUGGCACUAGUGGCCAGGCAUACAGGACAGCAUGUGCUGCAGAUCGCACAGGCCAUGCUAUGUUGCAUACACUCUAUGGACAGUCACUAAAGCACAAUUGUAAUUUCUUCAUCGAAUUCUUUGUGCUCGACUUGAUGAUGAUUGAUGGCACCUGCGUUGGGGCGGUGGCGUUAGAUAUGGAAACCGGAACCCUCCAUCGGCUGUUCAGCAGGAAUACUAUUCUAGCCACUGGCGGUUAUGGUCGUGCGUACUUUUCUUGCACGUCAGCCCAUACCAGCACAGGAGAUGGCUGCGCCAUGGCGUCUCGAGCUGGACUUCCGCUUCAAGAUAUGGAAUUUGUGCAAUUCCAUCCGAGCGGUAUAUAUGGUGCUGGCGUUCUAAUAACCGAGGGCGCACGCGGCGAAGGAGGGUAUCUAUUGAAUUCAAAAGGAGAAAGAUUUAUGGAGCGCUACGCCCCCACGGCCAAGGACCUGGCCAGCCGUGAUGUUGUCGCUCGUUCAAUGAACAUGGAGAUACGCGAAGGUCGUGGCGUUGGAGCCGAGAAAGAUCAUAUUUAUCUCCAGUUGUCUCACUUACCGCGUGACUUGAUCCUCGAAAGGCUGCCUGGCAUAGCGGAAACAGCAUCGAUUUUUGCAGGAAUCGAUAUUACAAAAGAGCCAAUCCCCGUGCUUCCCACGGUCCACUACUGCAUGGGUGGUAUCCCCACUAAUUACAGAGGCCAGGCCCUCGAUAUAAACCCAAUUACUGGUAAAGAAAAGCCAGUUCCAGGCCUUUAUGCUGUUGGAGAGACGGCAUGCGUCAGUGUUCACGGCGCCAACAGACUCGGAGCAAACUCUCUUCUCGACCUUGCUGUUUUCGGUAGGGCCAGCGCCCAACACAUUUCAGAAAACAACGAAAAGGGGAUGCCCCAUGCUCCCGUACCAAAAGACAUCGGGAUGUCCUCCUUUGAAGACAUGGAGAGGAUUCGUAAAUCAGAUGGUAGCAGACUAACAGCGGGGCUUCGCCUCGAUAUGCAAAGAGCCAUGCAGUCGGACGUUGCGGUUUUCCGAACUGAAGAUUCCCUUAAGUCUGGAGUAUCCCGGGUUCAGCGAGUAGACCAGGCUUUCAAGAACGAUGUCUGCGUCAAAGAUAAAUCCCUGAUUUGGAACUCAGACCUGAUUGAGACCCUUGAGAUGCGAAAUUUGCUCACGUGUGCCGCACAGACUGCGAAGGGCGCCCAGGAGAGAAAAGAAAGUCGCGGUAGCCACGCACGAGAAGAUUUUACUGAACGGGAUGAUGAGCGGUUCCUGAAGCAUAGCUUGACGUGGCAGAACGGGACGGCAGAAGACGUUCGAGUAGGAUAUCGCGACGUUAUCUUCGCGACUUUGGAUGAAGAUGAAUGUCCGUCGGUCCCGCCCAAAACGAGAACUUACUGA